UUCAGUUUCAAAGUGGACACGUUCCGCGACGCCGGUUUUUCAAUUCAUAGUGCUCUUUUAUUCCCCCCUAUCGAAAACCGAACGUAUAUCGUAUAUCAUAAGUUACAGUGUUUUUCAAAAUAUUUAUACAUAUAUAUAUAUAGAUAUAUAUAUAUAUAUAAAUAUAAAUAUAGAUAUCUUGCUCUCUUUCUCUUUUCUUUUGACUAAAAUAUCAUUUUGAAUAUUCAAUAUGGUUUCCAAUACUUUUUGGAUGCUCCUGACAGUAUUUCUUACUAUUUUCGCAAAUUCUGGCUCAGCGUUAAGGUGUUGGGAGUGUUCAUCUCAUAUGAACGCCAUGUGCGGUGAUCCUAUGAAUUCUACGGACCAUCAAGCUAUGUUUCAUGUGAAAGAGUGUGGAAGAGGUCCUUAUGCUAGUUCUAAACCAAUUUGUCGUAAAAUGGUAAAAAGAGAUGGCGGUGAUCGUGUCGUGAUACGUUCCUGUGCAAUACCAAAUCACGAUGAAACGGAUAUAACCGAUGGUCCUUGCAGUCCGCUUAUGACAAACGGUCGAGACAUGGUCGAAUCUUGUCAUAUCUGUAGUACCGAUCUUUGCAAUUCGGCGAGUGGCCUGUUAACGACGCAAUCGUUAUACAUCGCUGGAUUAAUUCUGAUCGGUUACCGUUUUUUUGAAUCGAACUAUAAUCGUGUUAUGUAAUUAUUAAAAAUAACAAACUGACAACCCAUUUCGAAAAGUAGAAAACGGUUGUGAAUGGUUGAGAUAUACAGAUAUACAAUAUUUAUAUCAUUUAAUGAAUUAUUUGUUCACUAAAAAAAUGUUUAUAUAAUAUUUUGCUAACGAGCUCUCUCUAUUUUAAUUCUUUUUUUAUUUUAUACAUACAUAUAUAUAUAUAUAUACACACAUAUAUAUAUAUUAAAUAAGAAAAAUUACUAUAUUUUAUAAAAGAUUACUGAAAAAUUUAUAGAAAUAAUAAGAAACAAAGAAAAUUAUUUUUAAUUGAUUCUGUUAAUAAUUAUCGAUCCGGUAAAGAAGUAUGCUAUAGAUAAAUUUCGUAAGAAUUUUUGGAACGAGCAGUCUUACGGAAUAAGCUCGUUAAUUUUACCUAGUUAGUUGAAACUCGUUAGUGCAUAAUAAAUUAACAUAUUACGUUACCGUACGAUCGUAUAACGCGUCAAGUACUCUUAUUAACUUAGAAUCUUACCUGAAAUUAGCUCUUUCCCUGAAUUUCUUGUUUUUCUUUCUUCUUUUUUUUUUUACUUUUUCUGAAGAGUAUCAUAUAUGUAUAAGUAUACGUAUACAUGCAUAUAUGAAAAAUAUCUUAAAUAUUUUGCUUUAUUAAAUGUAUUUUUCCCAUAUUUUUAGGGGGGAAUCUAAAUACCUCGCAAAUUUUUCCUUGUUUUUCUUUUUAAUUAGUAGCUUCCUUUUCUUAUUAAUAAAUUAAUUCGAUUUCAGUUUAACUCUCUGUCUCUCUCUCUCUCUCUCUCUCUCUCUCUCUCUCUCUCUCUACGUGUGUAUAUAUAUAUAUAUAUAUAUAUAUAUAUAUUUGUCUCUUUAAAAUUUGUUUUUGUCUUGCUCUUAUUCUUUCCAAGUUUUAAUCAAAAAAGAAGAAAAAAGAAAAAUUGAGAGAAAAGAAAAGAAAAAAUAAGAGUAAGAUGAGUAAGUAAACAAGUAGCUUAUCAGGUAUCCGUCCAAUGCUUAGAAACGAUCAGAGAUUUUCAUUAGGCUAGGUCUCUUCGUUAUCUCCUUGUAAGACCCUUCAAAUGGCUUUUAGAUUUGUAAGUUGUUAGAUUAGACAUAUUCUUAUUUUCUUUUUUUCUUUCUUUCUUCCUUCUUCUCCUCUUUUUAUUCUCUAAAUGAAAAUUUUCACAUGAAUCUUAUCGACUUUAGCGAAAGUUAAAGAAAUCUUUUCUAAUAUACAUGUAAAGAUAUAAGAGUGGUUAUUGUGAAAUUGUUUGUACAUAAUUUGAAAAUAUAAUAAAAAAUUACAAAUACUUCA